AUGCAAGACACCAACGCAAGCGCGCCCCACGACAAACCCGUACCGGAGCUCGAAGACGACGCCGUACCAGCAGACGGGGACCGAAUCAUGAUCCUCAAAGCCAAGUGGCUGUCCAUGAUCCUAAACGGACAGAAAACCAUCGAAAUCAGAGGCCAACCUGCACGGGCAGGCCUCAUUUGGUUCGGACACAAUCAGCUGCUCCAUGGCAGGGCCUACAUCACACACACCGAAAAGCUGUCCGUUACGACCUUCCGGCAGAUGCAGCACCAACACGGACUGAGCACACACGUGCUGCCAUACCAGCGGACGCACGCACUGCACAUGGCAGACAUCAAGCGCAUGCGCAGCCCGCAGCCGUUUUUUCACCCGAGAGGCGCCGUGGGCUGGGUCAGAUACCGCAACAGACACCAAGCCGGAGCGCCGCAAACGCAAAGAAUCCAACUGGAGGUCGCCAGCUCCGCUCCACGCAACCGCAGACGACCACCGAAGCAGGACAGAGCGGAAGGGAGCAGCUCUCCACUCAGCAUCCUCACGGCUUCCACGAUGACACGAGAAGCAAGCGCCCGACGGCACGCCGCCGAAAAGCACAAAAGCCAGCAAAGUUCAGGACUGACCCAGUUCCACGACGUCAGAAUUCCCACUCCACCAGCUCCGCAAUUUCACAUACAGACACCCGACUCCUUGCAAACGCAAGUAGAAAGCCUUGUCAAGAUCAUGUUCGAUCCAACUGCCCACAGCAUCAUAGCCGACGAGCAAGUUCGACACUGGCAGCUCUACCUACAAAACAAGACCUAUGCCGACCCCUACUACACCUUCCCCAACCACUUCAUCCACAACUGCAUCUUCCACUUUGACGUAGCCCUGCACCGAGAAGUGAAAUCCUUCAUCGAGCUCUCCAUCCAUCACAUCCAGGAAGACCAGGAGCAACAACCCAAUACCAAGCUAAUCGCAUGGCAGCGCAACCUGCGUUUCCGAUGCAAGAUCCAGCCCUUUGCAUUUUCCACUUGGCAACAACUGAUUUACGACGUUGAGUUCGACGAUCUCGCCAACUCUGUGGGCUUCACAUACCGGCAAAAGCAGCACUAG